UCCAACUGCCACUUCCACACAAAUACAGCCACAUUUGCCAGAGGGUCAUGAAAAAUAGGUUCAGUGUACAAAUACUUCGAGAAGAAUUUAAUGUUUGUCACAUUUCGUGUAUUGGAUCGCUGCUGAAUAUUUGAUAAAAAUUAAAUCGUGAAGGUGAUAACACAACUCAUUAUCUACCUGUGACAAAUUUUUUGCGAAAGUGUUUUGUGAUAUAAAAAUUUGGUUGCUUUGCAAAAUAACAUUUAGUUCAUUUUUGCUUUCCACACACAAUUGUUGUGUUUUAUUUCGUGUGAGUGAUAAAAAAAAAAGUUUAAGAGAAAUGGAUCAACAAAAAUCAAUGUAUCCUCAUCCGGAUCCGAGCUAUCCUGGAGGUGAAAAUGCUGGAUAUCCUCAUCAGACGCCUUAUCCUCCACCCCAGUACCCAACAUCCAACGAACAUUAUCCAAUGCCUCAGCCAGAAAUGCAUCAGUACGUCCCACCACCGAUUAUGACGCAACCGACAUCCACGACAAUUAUAAUGCCGCCCCAAGUUGGUCCAGAUCCGACAAUGAUCACGUGUCCCUCAUGUCAGGCCACUGUGGUGACUCGAAUGGAGUAUGAGCCGAAUACAAGGACUCAUAUUUGUGCUCUUCUUCUCUGUGUCUUCUGUUGCUGGCCAUGCGUUUGUGUGCCCUAUUGUGUCGACUCGUGCCAAAGUGGAAAUCACUAUUGUCCCAGCUGUGGAGCUUACGUGGGCACUUAUGAGAAUUAAAAGAAACCCAUCGAAAAAUUCCAAGUUUUGAUAAUUGUAUGGAGAACGAUCUCCAAGAAAGUUCUAUUGGGAGCUGUUAAGUGUCACAACUUGUGAAUAAUUGGUUUAAUCUCAAGAAAGUCUUGAGAUACAUAUAUUGAAUAUAAUUUGCCUUUUAUGACUACCAGUCGUUAUAUUGUAUUACCUAGGCAAUGUUUGGCUUGAAUUAAAGACUUUUCUUAACGAAA